UUCUCUGCAUGCUGCAAUAAGCAACCCUCAACCACCAGAGCAACACGGCGCCUCGGUUGGUGAUCAGUAUCUGUUUGUGAAAGUCCAACAUGAAGUGGAUUACUCUUUAUCUCCUAACACUCUGCUUCCCUACGACCAGAGCCAACUGUAACCCUCAGCAAGUUAUUGAUGACUGUAUAAAACAAGAUCCUGUACUGUGGACCAGGUGCUAUGAAGAUAAAAUUGUGACGUGCAAACCAAGGAAUCGUAUGUUCCAUGGGUUUGCUCUCCAGGAGGUCAACCCAGCAGACCAGGCUGAAUUAGGCCCCACAUCCAAUCACGAGGUCCGAAUCCCAUCAUCAGCUCUUCAGAGAAUCAGAAGAACACAUUCGGAGGAAAACAUCUUGGUGGUUGCCUCGGUGAUCAACAGCACAUUGUUUCAGCAAGCAACUCCUCAGAGCAGAGGACGGAGGAUAAUUCCCCAGCCGACUGUCAGCGUAGAAGGAACUGUUAUAGGAGGGCUAGUCCUGUUUGUGAAGGCUGGAAAGCAGUCAGUCAGCGAUCUUAUUGAGCCGGUCCAGUUAAUCUUCAAACACAAUAAUGAAAUGGAGAACAAUGGAACAUGUGUGUUUUGGAAGGAGGAUGAAACAGGUGCAAAAUGGAUGCAAACAACUUUUCUACUCUCAAAUGAAAGCAUCAAGUCAGGAUUUACAUGUUUGUUUUUCUGCUUUCAUUAG